UUUCGAGUAUUCAUAUGUAUAUAUAAUCAUAAAUAUUAAAAUGAUGGCCAUUUUUAGAAUUUUUCAUUGUUUUUGUUUUUCAAAAAAACUACAAACAGAAACACAACUAAAUGGCUAGGAAAAUUAUUUGUUCUAUGUCACAUAUCGGGGUCAUAUACUAUCCCAGAAAAAUAUAUAGUAAAGAAGAAAAUCUAUACCUUUUUCCCAGAUCUCAUGUCGAUUUUAUCUCACACUGCAGGGAAUAAGUUAUUCAAAGCUUGCAAAUUUACCACCUAUAGUCGGCCUUUACUCAAGCUUCGUGGGAUGCAGAUUUUUAUGUGAAGGCAAAGUCAUAUUUUGCUGCUGCUGUUGCUUCAUGGGAUGCAGAUUUUUAUGUCAAAGUUGAUGAUGAUGUUCAUGUAAAUAUAGCAACACUAGGAGAAACUUUGGCAAGAUACAGGAAAAAGCCACGGGUGUAUAUCGGAUGUAUGAAAUCUGGUCCUGUCCUUGCUCAGAAGGGAGUGAGGUACCAUGAACCUGAAUAUUGGAAAUUCGG